GCUAGGAACGAGAGGGGCGGCGAUGGUACUUUUGGAUUCCUCGUUCAAGCACCAAGUAAAUCAACAUGGGUCGUAUGCAUUCCGGCGGAAAGGGUAUCAGCAAGUCUGCUCGCCCGUACAAGCGCACUCCUCCUUCGUGGCUCAAAGUGACGGCGGAAGACGUCGAAGACCACGUGUGCAAGUUCGCCAAGAAGGGGUUGACCCCGUCGCAAAUCGGUGUGAUCUUGCGUGACUCGCACGGCAUUGCCCAAGUCAAGUCCGUGACCGGCUCCAAGGUGUUGCGCAUCUUGAAGAAGAACGGUUUGGCUCCUGAAUUGCCGGAAGACUUGUACAUGUUGAUCAAGAAGGCCGUCGCCGUGCGCAAGCACUUGGACCGCAACCGUCAAGACAAGGACUCCAAGUUCCGCUUGAUUUUGAUCGAAUCCCGCAUCCAUCGCCUGGCUCGUUACUACCGCCAAAACCGCAAGUUGAGCCCCAACUGGAAGUACGAAUCCGCCACGGCCUCCACCUUGGUCGCAUAAGCGCUCCUAAUGCAUCGAGUGUGUCGAGGAAAUCUGGUGCAUAUUGAUAACACGAUGUAACGUGGAAGCAAUUGCACAACCAA